UUAAUGAUUGCAGGAGUCCUAGAUCACGGAGUCCGAGAAUAUAUAAAGGUCACGCCCAUAGUCUUCGAGGGAUUCAAUUCCAGCAACCAUUCCACACUCUGAUCGUCCUUCGAACCCCUUCGUCUCAAUCAAUUCAAAAUGCAGAUUCUUCAGCUCAAGCAAGCCAUUGCACUCUCGCUGGCCGGAUUUGCCAUUGCUCAUCCUGGUGCUCAUGAGCCUAGCUCUUUCACUGAUGUCUCCAAGCGUGCGUUCCUGCACAAUGCCCACCGGAGCCUAAGCCAAUGCGCUGGACAGCUCGAGAAGCGAGGCGUGCAUGAACGAGCUGCUUCCCGUCGCGCGGCCUUGUUCGAGAAGUACAAGAAGCGCUCCCUCGGCCUCCGCGAUACGGAGAAGGUGGUGAACACUUCGCACCACUCCUCCCUCCAAGUGACGCCCAACACUUCUGAGUCAGAGCUGUUUUCGAAAGACCCAGUCUGCAUCCUCGCUCCGGAGGGUGAAGUCGGUCCCUUCUGGGUAAAGGGCGAGCUUAUCCGCCACGACAUCUCCGAUGGAGAAGCCGGCGUUCCCAUCAUCCUGGACGGUCAAUUCAUCGACAUCAACACCUGCGAGCCCAUCCAGGAUCUCUACUGGGAUGUCUGGAACUGCAACUCCACCGGUGUCUACUCUGGAGUCCAGAGCAGCAUGAAUGGCAACGGCAACGACGCCUCCAACCUCGACAAGACUUUCCUCCGCGGUAUUCAGAAGACCGACGCGGACGGUGUUGCUGGAUUCAAGACUGUUUUUCCCGGACACUAUUCAGGCCGCGCGACCCACGUUCAUGUCAUCGCCCACGUGGGCGCUCAGGUCCUUCCCAACAACACGCUGACUGGGGGACACAUUCCCCACGUCGGGCAGUUGUUCUUCGACCAAGAUCUGAUCUCACAGGUUGAGGCUACCUAUCCCUACAACACCAGCACGGUGGCUAUCACCGAGAAUGCGGAUGAUCACGUGGUCAUAGUUGAGACUGAGGAUAGUGACUCCGACCCGUUCUUUGAGUAUGCCUUGCUGGGUGAUUCGAUCGAGGAUGGCAUUUUGGCUUGGAUUACCCUUGGCAUCAACGUUACCGCAAGCCAUGACUCCAGCGCCACUUGGGCUUCAACUCUGACCUCGUCUGGUGGUGUCAUCAACGAGGACUCUUCCAGCGGUGUGGACAUGUAA